CCUUCAGACCGCCAUAUUGUUUGCAGUGAUUAACGUACGUCGACUAGUGUUUUUUUUUACACACACCAAACCAGCAAUAAUAAAAACAUAUAUACCACUAAAUUGUUUUAUAUAAAUCGCAAAAAUUUCGCGAAAAGGAAAUAAUAUGAAGAAAAACAAAGAAGUGUCCGAUGAGGACGAAUAUUCAGCGGAUGAUCCGGAUGAAGUAGGUGAAGAAGCAUCCGAGGAAGAGUUAGAAGGGGCAGAGCAUUCAACUAAAAAGAGGCCACAACGAGCUGCUGCCAACAAGAAACGACAACAUUCAGAAGAAGAAGACGAAGAAGACGAGGAUGAUGAAGACAAUGAAGGAGAAGAAGAUGAGGAUGAAGAUUCUGAUUCAGAUGCACCUGCUAAAUCUAAAAAGAAACGACGUUCUAAAAAAGAUGAAGACGAAGAUGAAGACUCUGACAAUAGUUUUAAUGAGUCAUCUGGUGUACCACCUAAGGAUUACACUUCAGGAGCAUUCGUUGUAGCUAAAGCAGAUGUCGGUGGUGAUAGUGAUCCAACUUUAUGGAGGAUAGAUGGCAAGGCUUUAUUGCAAAAAUUUUUACCCUUUAAAGAAGAAGGCAAGACCUUGUACAAAAGCACAUCCACGUACUCCGGUUGGUCAGCGGAUCACAAAGAAAAAUACUUUGCUGCUCAAGUGACAUUUAAGGUGCAAAAAAAAAACGAAACCAUCGUUGAGCUUCAUCUCAACCAGCAACAGCAACAAGAAGUUGUAAAGUAAGCUCGAUAGCUAAUAAUUACUAACAGUCCUCAGUCUCUCUGUCUUCGAUUUACGGAUUAUGUAACUAAAUUUUGUAAUUUAUUUUUAUUCGAUUCUUUUCCGUGAUUAACAAAAGUUAAGAAAGUGAAAUUAUUUGAUUUUAAAAUAUCAAACGAUACCCAUAUUUAUAUCAACCGUAACUUGUGAGAGAAUUCGAGGCUCAUAAUUAUUAAAAUAUUCAUAACUAUCGAUAUUUCCUAUAAGUAAUUUAAACUCAGACUUUUUUCUCAGUUAUAACUCGUUUGUUUUUUUUUUUACUUUUUAUUUUUUGUAGAUUUUGAAAUUGGAAAAUGAUUGAAAAAGAUGUUUGAACAGUUUAAAAUAAUGUCAUAUUUUUUUCAUUUGUCUUUAAAUAUAAAAAAAAAUGAAUUUUUUUUAUAUAUCAUUCAACUGUGUAAAGUUAAUCCGAGUACGAUAAAAAAUUGCGAUUUUCAAUGCAUUUAUUGAUCCCGUCUUUGCUGAUCUUUAAAAAAAAAAAUUACGGGACAAAAAUAGAAUUAAUAGUCGGAUAUCGCGAUUCUUUUAACAAGUAUAAAUUGUGUAUACAUGAAGACCAUACUUAAGACGAUAUAUUUGUCACUUUA